AUGUCCCAUACUGCUGAACAUGGAAUGGAGGAAGCCGACAUGAAAGCAGAGAAAAGGGAAAAGCUAAGGAAAGGACUUCAGGCCCUAUUUGCUGCAAAAAAUACCUGCGUCCAUAAAGAUUCUGAUGAGGAGAGUGCUGAAGAGGAACUUCUGUCGGGUGGCCAGGGGUCACGGGAAUGUCAUACGACCCCAGAGGCUGUUCUUACCAUUGACACUAAAAGUAAGGUUAUUGAGAUAAACAACGUUCGAUUGUUUUCGUUGGAUGAGGUGGAGCUAGAAAAGUUCACUGAUUGUAUUUCACUUUCUCUUCGAAAAAAUCUUAUACACGAACUCUCUCCUUUUCCGGAGGAUCUUGCUGCUCGCCUUGAGGAGUUGGAUCUGUUUGACAACAAAAUCCGCAAAGUGAGGGAUUUUUUUUCAACAAUAAGAUGCAUGGGGGAAUCCACUCUGAAGGAAAACGUGACGGGAGCUUUUGGGCAUCUUACCAAGUUAGAUUUGAGUUACAAUCAAAUACGGAAUAUUGGGGGUCUGGAACCUUUGGCAUCAACGCUAAGGGAAUUGUAUUUGGUGGAGAACAAGAUAAAGGAAAUCAAAAAUCUGGAUUCACUUUUAAACUUGGAGCUCCUUGAACUGGGGGGCAAUAGAAUUCGUGAAAUUGGACCGGGUUUAGCAAAACUAACAAAACUGAAGCAGCUUUGGCUAGGCAAAAAUAAGAUUGCAUCGAUUGGCACAUCACUUCAAACCUUGGUUUCCUUGGAAAUUCUCAGUCUUCAGGCUAAUCGUUUGACCAGUAUUGAGCCUGACAAUUUUUUGGGUCCGGACGCCAAUCCACAUCUCCGUGAAUUAUAUCUCUCCGAAAAUGGGUUGAAAUGUAUUCAAAAUUUGGGUCAUCUUCCUAUGGUGCAGCUUAUUGAUUUUAGUUUUAAUCCCAUAUCUGUUAUAAAUGAGGAUGUGAUAAACCCCAGAAACAUGCCCCAACUCAUAGAAUUCUGGCUCACGGACGGAAAGAUAGAAAAAUGGGAUGAAUUGGGUAAACUGAGCGGAUUUAAAAACACCUUGAGGACAGUUUAUCUUGAGAGAAAUCCAAUUGAAGAGGAUAAGAGAUACCGUGAUAAGGUAUACAUGCAACUUCCUUUCUUGGAACAAAUUGAUUCUUGGCCAAUUGUCAACAAAGGAAACCUGGAGGCCGAUCGAAAGAGGAGGGCCUAG